UCAGAGUGAUCAUCGUUUUUCCUAAAAUGACACCUGGUAACGUGGCAACUGACAUGUGGUGUUGGUGGUUAGACGGCGAAAUUAGAGCUGAGGUGUUGCAAAUCCAUGAACUUCGAACACCGGAGUUGGAAGUUCCUAAGACUUAAACUCACUGUAUCCAACAACUCCAAAAUCUGAAACGAAAUUUGGAAAUGAAAGUGAAGAAAGAAAUCCCUACGAGUCUCACCAAGGUAGUCACCAAUUCUUUCAAAAAGAAAUCGAGAGGAACGAGACUAUUGACCAUGAUAGGUAAGCCUAAAUCACCAAUCCUAGAUAAAGCUGAAAAAAUCCAAACGGGUUUGAGUCCGAAUUAUCCUAGCUUCAUUAAACUUAUGCGCCGUUCACAUGUCAGUGGGUGUUUUUGGAUGAAACUUCCAUCCGCAUUCUGCAAUCCAAAUCUACCAAGCAGGGACAUUGAUCUUACGUUGUUGGAUGAAGAAGGGGAAGAGUACAUGGUCAAAUGCCUUGCUCCGAAAUUCUCACUAAGUGCUGGAUGGAGAGGUUUUUCCCUUGCACACAAGUUAGCCGAGGGAGAUGCCGUGGUUUUCCAUUUAAUUGAGGCUCAUAAAUUCAAGGUUUACAUAGUUAGAGCACGCGGUUUGGCAGAUGUUGACCUUCCUCAUUUCCUUCCAAACAAUGAUAUUCCUGCACAAGGGAGUGUGCAAGACGGCGCAGGUGCUACGGAAAGGAUGAUAACUAAAAAAUGUACAGAAAAGUACCAAGUGUCUCAUUCUGCAGUCCCUAUUUCUGGAGAGGAUCAACAUACAGAAGUAAUGGAUACAAGUUCUGCAGAAAACCGUGGUAAAGUAAUGAAUGCAGCUAAUAAAAGUUCUGCAGAAAACUGCACACAGUCUCAUCCUUCAGCCCCUUUCCUUGGUGGAGAUAAAAAUAGUAAUCUUGCACCGCCAAGAAUGAAUGCAACUAAUAGAAGUCCUGCAAAAAACUGCACAGAGUCUCAUCAUUCGGACACAGAUGAUCAAAAUCAUAAUCUUGAACAACUUGAAGAGAAUGGUAGUGUCGAGGCAAUGGAUACAGAAGUCUCGGAAGAUGUAGGACUUCUGGAGCCCAUUGCUGGGAUUCAGGAGUUUACAAAUUUUGAUAGUUUCAGCAUAAUAGUUAAUGACAUGCUGAUAGAUCACGAGAUAUCUGAAGAUGUUCGAAGUAAAUACUACGAGCUCUGCCGCAGUCAGAAAGCUUAUCUUCAUAACCAUCUUAUGGAAGGAAUAAAUCGGAAGAUGGUUACCCUUAUCAUUUCCGAUAUAGUAAAUAUUGCUGAUGCAGUCAGAGCUAUUAAGCUCAGUACUCCAAAGGAUAUAUUUGAAGUGUGGGAAAAGAGCUUAAAAUUUUAUAAACACGUAGGAAUGAAUGUCGACUUCCUCCUUUCUCGUGUUGGCAUACAUCUGCAACAAGCUUUGGCGUUUGAUUACAACGGUGCAGUGAUUGAAGAGAAUCGUCUGAAGGAGGAGAUAACAUCUCGUGAAGCAAAAAUCCUUGAACUAAGGAAUGACUCAAUGAGUCUGGAAAGAGAACUAACAACUCUGGAAGGUAACAGAGAGAAGCACGAAGCGGCAUUCCAAAGUAUGGUGAAUUCUCCUUGGUGAAUUUACUUAGCUGGCGGAGCUGUUUUAUUCCAUAUCAAUCAUUUGAGUCGUAUGGGUAUGGAAGAAAAUUGUAUGGUAAUGGCUGGGAUGUAGGAACAUCUCAUAUCCUGUUGUAUAUUAAUAUCGUAGAGUACGGAACUUCCUUACGAACUGUAAGGGUCUUGUAUCAUGUAAAUGCAUUUAGGUAAUUGUGGAAAAAUAGUAGUGAACACUCAUUGUUCACUGUUUGUUGCAAGCAGCAACGAGAAAA